AUGCAACAAAGACUCAAGUUGCAGCAACAACAACAAGCACUCAUGCAGCAAGCUUUGCUUCAGCAACAGCAGAUGUAUCAUCACCCUGGCAUGCUUGCCGCCGCCGCUAUGACUCAGAUGGAGCCUGUACCAAGCGGAAAUCUGCCUCCUGGUUUUGAUGCUUCUGCAUGCCGUAGUGUUUAUGUAGGAAAUAUUCAUGUAAAUGUCACCGAUAAACUUCUCGCAGAAGUUUUUCAGAGUGCUGGCCCUCUUGCUGGGUGCAAGCUCAUAAGAAAAGAAAAGUCUUCUUAUGGUUUUGUGGACUACCAUGAUCGAGCAUCCGCAGCACUUGCAAUAAUGACAUUGCAUGGACGACAACUAUAUGGUCAAGCACUUAAGGUGAAUUGGGCAUAUGCCAAUAGCAGUAGGGAGGAUACAUCAGGGCACUUCAAUGUAUUUGUUGGUGAUUUGAGUCCAGAGGUUACUGAUGCAACUUUAUUUGCAUGCUUCUCAGUCUAUACUACUUGUUCUGAUGCUAGGGUUAUGUGGGAUCACAAAACUGGUCGCUCAAAAGGAUAUGGUUUUGUUUCUUUCCGUGAUCAUCAGGAUGCCCAAACUGCCAUAAAUGAUAUGACGGGUAAAUGGCUGGGAAAUAGACAAAUAAGAUGCAAUUGGGCAACUAAAGGUGCUGGUGGCAGCUCAAAUGAAGAGAAGAUCAAUGACAGCCAAAAUGCUGUUGUGCUUACAAAUGGGUCUUCAGAUGGAGGUCAAGACAACAGCAAUGAGGAUGCUCCUGAAAAUAAUCCUUCAUACACCACAGUUUAUGUUGGCAACCUUCCCCAUGAUGUAACACAAGCUGAACUCCAUUGUCAAUUCCAUGCAUUGGGAGCUGGGGUACUUGAAGAGGUCCGAGUUCAGAGGGAUAAGGGUUUUGGAUUUGUCAGAUACAAUACUCACGAGGAAGCAGCGCUGGCUAUUCAGAUGGCUAAUGGAAGACCAGUUCGUGGGAAGACGAUGAAGUGUUCAUGGGGUAGUAAACCAACUCCUCCUGGGACAGCUUCAAAUCCAUUACCUCCUCCUGCUGCACAACCAUAUCAAAUACUUCCUACUGCAGGGAUGAACCAAGGCUAUUCUCCUGCUGAGUUGUUGGCUUAUCAGCGCCAGCUAGCCUUGAGUCAGGCUGCUGUAUCUGGCCUUUCCGGACAAGCUCUUCUUCAAAUGUCUGGACAGCAUGGCCUAGCUCCCGCUUCAAUGGGUAUAAACUCUGCGGCAUCUCAAGCCAUGUAUGAUGGAUAUACCGGUAAUUCGUCAAGACAGCAGCUUAUGUACUAUCGCUGA